CGAGAUCAGCGAGGGAGAUCAGACCUCUCCAAGCGAAAAUUACGGACCAAGCGGUGUACUCGUCUAAAGGCCGCGCGACAUUUUAUCUGAAGCAGCCGUCGGCCGCUGUUUUGUACAACGUUGAGGGGGAUCGUUGGGACGGUGCUCAGUCGAAGAAACAUUGCAGCAGCUAAGAACGCGAUGUGGCAAAUGGGGCGGCCAGGCGGGCUCUUCCUAGGAGCGGCUAUUGCUGUCUUAGCCUUGGUGUGCUUCCAUGUAGGUGGAGCGAGCGGUUUCAAGAUUGGCAAUAUUUGUAAUCCUCUCUUGUCCGCGCGCGGCCCCUGGAUCAAUGGUCACUCUACUUUUUAUGAUGAUUUUGGACGCGGUGGUGCUUGUGGUUAUGGGAGAAUCGGAAGUCAGCUGUAUAGAAACCGAUUUGCUGCGGGCUCACCAAGGGUCUAUUUGGGAGGAUUGGCGUGCGGGAUGUGCAUGGAGGUCAAGUGCGUGAACAGCCCUGCCUGCAGACCCGGUAGCGUUCGUGUCACAAUCACCGACUUGUGCCCGCCCAAGUAUCCCAACCUUCGAUGGUGCACCGGAGGGAAGAUUCACUUGGACAUGGCCAGAGGUGCUUUCCCCGUGAUUGCCAAUCCGGGGGCAGGUCACGUGCCGAUCCAAUUCCGCAGCGUGCCUUGUGCCCCCUUCAGGCUUCUCAAAUUCACUCUGAGGGGCAACAGGUGGGGUUGGCUGGAGGUGACGACGCUUACCAUUCCGGGGAGUGGAAGGGUGUUGAGGUUAGAGUAUGCCAUGAAAGGCGGUGCCUGGACGGGAAUGUCCCGCGCAUUCGGCGCAGCCUGGGCCACCAAAGGCAAGUUUCUGCGUUUUCCUAUCUCUAUUCGUAUUGCAGUGUUUGGAAAGUUUUGCAAGCUGGUUGCCAAGGACUGUAUCAAGGGGCAAUUCUGGAACGGACAGCAGCUCAGCUGCUCAUACUCCGUGGGGCUCUGACAUCCUCCCGUCAACCAAAUCGCCGCUUCGGUGCCUCUCUCCGUGCGUGCCUUGUCGCCUCUCCUCCGGUCCUAACCGAGAAGAGUGCAGCUUAAGCUUA